AAAAAAAUCUCCGAGCAAGAACAAAAAAAAAAAAACUGUCUAUGUACCAACAAGAGACUAGUUGUCAGAUAAAAUAUACGCGAGACGAGAAGCUCCAUUUCAAAACCCUAGAGCUCAUCAUCAUCAUCUCUCUCUCUCCAGGUACACCUUUUUUUUCCUUGUUUUGGUUUCACCGGCGUGGAUCUCCGGUGACGGGAGAUUCCGAAAUUUUUUGAAGAGAUUUAGAUCAUGUAUAGAGAGAGGGGUAUGGUUGGAUCGAAGUCUGAGGUGGUGGUCGAUCGAAAACGUAUAAACGAGAAUCACGAUAACCGACCCUCGCAUUCGAUGCCUCAGCCCGUCAAUGGAAAAGGCAAGGUAACAGCCUCCUCCCUCUUGAUUGGGAAGCAGCAAUUGCAUGAGAGAGAUUCACGUUCUGCUCAUGCUGUGGUUAUAUCAGACACAGACAGCGAAGAAUCAGAGGUUAGUGGUUCUGAGGGAGAAGACACCUCAUGGAUAUCCUGGUUCUGCAACCUACGAGGGAACGAGUUCUUCUGUGAAGUUGAUGAUGAUUACAUCCAGGAUGACUUUAACUUGUGUGGACUCAGCCAUCAAGUUCCUUACUUCGACUAUGCCCUUGAUUUGAUUUUGGAUGUAGAGUCUUCCCAUGGUGAGAUGUUUACAGAGGAACAGAAUGAAUUGAUCGAGUCAGCAGCAGAGAUGCUUUAUGGGAUGAUUCAUGCUCGUUACAUAUUGACAAGCAAAGGGCUGGCUUCUAUGUUAGACAAAUACAAAAACUAUGACUUUGGAAGAUGCCCAAGAGUUUAUUGUUGUGGGCAACCUUGUUUACCAGUUGGUCAAUCCGAUAUUCCUCGAGCGAGCACCGUAAAGAUAUAUUGCCCCAAAUGUGAAGACGUGUAUUACCCACGAUCAAAGUACCAAGGAAACAUAGAUGGAGCAUACUUUGGGACAACGUUUCCACAUCUGUUCUUGAUGACGUACGGACAUCUGAAGCCACAAAAGGCAUCACAAAGCUACACUCCAAGAGUGUUUGGGUUCAAGUUACACAAGCCGUGAAGGAAAAAAAAAAAAAAAAAAAAAAAAAGCGCUGUUUGUAUCACACAAGGUGAAACUAGUUCUCUCUUUUUCUAUCUCUCUCUGUUUUGUAUUGUGUCCUUAGGUUUUAGAUAAACAUUAGCAGCAUGGACUGGUGAAAGUAAGAUCCCAUAUUUAUAUCCCAUUGUAAUACUUAACCUUAUUGUUCUUUUUUUGAUUUCUUCUUUCCAA